AAGUACUUUUAUUUUGCACCGGAAGUGAGAGAUAUAGGAGCUACAGCUGUCUCGUUUUCUCGCCGCUCGUAUUUGCGUCUUAACUCAGGGAAACACAGUAUUGCUGAGCUCUUUCGUAGCAAUAAUACCUGACACAUACCAAUAUCGUGUAGAUCUGGGGUGGUUCACACAUUAAACAUCAUGGCAUUAAAGAGAAUACAGAAGGAGCUUCAAGACUUGCAAAGGGACCCUCCUGCACAGUGCUCCGCUGGACCUGUUGGGGAUGACCUGUUUCACUGGCAGGCCACUAUUAUGGGACCUAGUGACAGCCCAUACCAAGGUGGAGUCUUCUUUCUCACAAUUCACUUUCCUACAGACUAUCCCUUCAAGCCACCAAAGGUAGCGUUUACAACAAAAAUCUACCAUCCAAACAUUAACAGUAAUGGAAGUAUUUGCUUGGACAUUCUGAGGUCACAAUGGUCUCCAGCACUUACAGUUUCAAAAGUUCUAUUGUCCAUAUGUUCUUUGCUUUGUGAUCCAAAUCCUGAUGACCCCUUAGUCCCAGACAUAGCACACAUCUACAAAUCAGACAAAGAAAAGUACAACAGACUAGCAAGAGAAUGGACCCAAAAGUAUGCAAUGUGAAGACUCAACAGACAUUUUUUUAAAGUCACAAAUCACUGUAAAUUCUAGCAUCUAAAAAGUAAGAUUAGGUUAUAUUAAACACAUUGUACUGUUAACAUUUGCCAUCUGAAAUGACCAAUUAAUAAUAAUGGAUGAACUAGUAUUUUGAAGCGGACUGUGCGCUGCACAAAGUGACGUUUAAGCUUUUUAUUGGUUUCGUGCAUUUUUGGUCAUCUCCCGCAGUGGUGUUGGGCACUUUGUUUUCUUGUAUCAUAAAUACUAUUUAAGAUUGGCAUGACGUUAUACAGCUGCGGUUAACCCACAAUAGGGCAGUUAAUAAAUUGAAAACAGUUUUACUGUAUCACUCAUUCAUCUGAUUACAUUUUUCUCUUAGAUAUUUUUAUUGUAUAGUUAAGAGCAACUAUACAGGAUCUAUUUUUUCUUUUUUUAUUUUGCAUUAAAAUUUGUUUAAA